CGCAGGUUCGAUUCCUGCCAGGGACAAUUGUUUUUUUUCUUGAUGGUCUCAGGCGACGUCGGCCGCGAGAGUAAAUGGACAGUCGCAUCUUGUUUUGUAGUUGUUCGCGGUGGGCACCCACAAUAAUGUCAAGAAAAAGUGGCAUCGGAUCGAUGGAUCUCGCCGGCGACGUCUGGCUCUUUGAUUGCGGUGAGGCUACCCAGCACCAACUCCAAAAGAGCGUCUUAAGGAUGGGCAAGAUCAAGAAGAUAUUCAUCACGCACACACAUGGAGAUCACAUUUUCGGGCUGGUACCACUAAUAUCUACGUUAGCUAACGGUGCCGGAGGCGCCGUCGGUGACGUCGGCGAUCCUCGUCUGCAGACUCAGCUCGAUAUUGACCCCUUGGAGAUUUACGGUCCACUUGGUACACGUGCGUAUGUUCGAGCAAGUCUUACAUACACCCACAGCGUCUUGGCACGACAGUACGUCGUCCACGAGUUGCGGUUCCCUGAUGACCCACCAGACGGCGACAAUUCUUCCCUACCGAUCCAUACCUCAGAGAUCCCCGGUCGCAAUAUACCGCAAGUCGAUGGAGUAUGGAGAAAUAUCUUCCGAGAUGAUGCCGUUGCAGUCUGCGCAGGCCCCAUCCUGCACUCUGUACCGUGCGUAGGAUACGUGAUAACGGAGGCCCCCAUACCGGGGAAGAUGGACCCUAAAAAAUACAUACCUGACAUUAAGAGGACAAAGGCACCUAUGACAUGCAUGAGCCGUCUACAACAAGGACAAAGCAUCGAGCUCCCAGAUGGAACUGUACUGCACGGCCCUCCUCGCUGACCAGGUCGAAAGGUCGUGAUACUUGGAGACACUUAUGAUCCUUCCCUUAUAUCCGAUAUCGCCACUUCGCCCGACGUUCUCGUUCACGAGGCAACCAAUGCCCAUCUUCCAGGGGUAGAUUCAUCUACCAAACCCGACGAUACUUUUGAAAGUGUCGAAACGCGCGCAAAAACACGGGGACACUCAACCCCUCAACUUGCGGGGGCGUUCGCCACCCUUAUUGGAGCCCGGAAAUUGAUUCUCAACCACUUCUCAGCUAGGUAUCCAGGGAACGACGAAGGGAAUGAAGAGGCCGGUAGGAUCAUGAAGGCGAUCGCAUGUUUAGCCAAGGAACAUUAUGAUGGAGAGAUUGUCUGCGCGCGAGACUUGAUGACGGUAGAAAUCAAACUUCAUUUUAGUCGUCUG